AUGAUUCGAAAUCCAUUUCAUUUGGUUGAGUUUAGUCCCUGGCCUUUAACAGGAUCAAUGGGGGCUUUUUGUCUUACUGUAGGAUUAGCAAGAUGGUUUCACGGGCAUUCUGUGUUACUUUACUCUCUAGGAAUUCUUCUUAUUAUACUAACGAUAAUCCAAUGAUGACGUGAUGUUAUUCGGGAGAGCACUUUUCAAGGGUAUCAUACCUUAAAAGUAUCUCAGGGAUUGCGAUGAGGAAUAAUUUUAUUUAUUACUUCCGAAGUACUUUUCUUUUUUGCUUUUUUUUGGGCUUAUUUUCAUUCAAGACUAGCCCCCACUCCAGAAAUUGGUAUAAAUUGACCUCCAAGAGGAAUCGUUCCGCUUAAUCCUUUUCAAGUCCCUUUAUUAAAUACAGCUGUCUUAUUAGCUUCUGGAGUAAGAGUAACUUGGGCUCAUCAUAGAUUACUUGAGGGUAAUUGAAAAAGAACAAACUAUGCUUUGACGGUCACAGUUCUUUUAGGUAUUUAUUUUACUUUCUUACAAGCAGGGGAAUACAUAGAGACUUCAUUUACAAUUGCAGAUAGGUGUUAUGGGUCAACUUUUUUUGUUGCUACAGGAUUUCAUGGACUCCAUGUUUUAAUUGGAAGUACAUUCUUGUUGAUUACCUUAGUACGAAAUAUGAUGUAUCAUUUUUCUGCUAAUCAUCAUUUUGGGUUUGAAGCAGCAGCUUGGUAUUGACACUUUGUUGAUGUAGUAUGACUAUUUCUUUACAUUUCGAUUUACUGAUGAGGAUCGUAA